GAUUGCCAGUGUAUUCAUUCGUACCCACAUAAAUGAAUGUUCACCACAUUUGGCUGUAAGACAGUAGGAUGGAUGGGUCUACAGAACACUUCGUGCUUCUGAUGCUGUUUCUGCUUCCCUGUACACAGGGGACCUUGUCAACAGUUACAGCUAUCUCUCCAACCCAUACGACAGCUACUCAGACUGACUACAGCCCUCUGAACGCAUCCCACCCAACUACCCCUUCUACCCCCACCUCUGCUCGACCCAACAUGGCUACUUCCACCCAGGACCCCAGCAGUAGUCUGUCCAGCCAUGUUUCAGGCACCACAGCCAGGCCCCAAGAGGGUGACUCCACCUCUAAUACCGCCAUCAACACCUCAAGCCUACCUACCACACCAGCCCAAUCGACCCUGUCACAGGACAGAUGCUCGUCCCCUCCAGUUCUGUGUUGUUUGGGGCAGAGUAGCAGCUGUAGAAGAAGAAGCUGUUUCUGUGACCAGGCCUGUGUGCUGUAUGGAGACUGCUGUCAUGACUACAGGACCACCUGCACACAACAACUUGGAUCAACAUGGACUCUUCAAGCCACACAUACCGUCCCUGCUGUGUCUAACCUAGUACAGACCAUUACCAGUCAUUCUGACGACACAACUGGUAACACAACACCAUCGGUCACAACAACCUUAAUCCAGAAUACUGUCUCCAAGGAAACAACUGAGACAGACCAUAAGAACAUCAUAACCUCUCACAAAGAUACCCAAACUCUGAUCGCCCAUUUGAGGGUCUCUAUAGUUUCGGCUGGGGACAUAAGUAAGGAGGAGAUCAUUGAGGCGUUGCAUCAUGUAAGUGAAGCUCGCAAUUAUCAUCUCACACUUUUACACGGCUUAAUGUUUCUAAAACAUUACUACAUGACCAGAAUCAACCAUUUAGAAGUAGGCUUCCAGGCUAUAUUAUAUCAACCUGUUGAGAUAACAGGCAGGAGAGACUUUAUUCCUUGCCUGAUUCUACUCUUCCUCUCCAGUUUGCAGCGCAGGUCCAAGCCUUUCUACAGAGAGAGUACUGUAACAACUGCACACUGCGCAUCAGAAACGUCAGAGGAAUAUGAGACCAACAUUUAAUCCAAAACAUGUCUCUACACUAACCCAAAGAAUCUUAGGAGAUUCCUGGAACUAACCCUCUUCAUAUAACCCUAAAAUAGUCUGGACCCCACAGAAAAACCUACAUCUGAAAAUCAACAAUGCCAGUUUAAGCUUUUCAGUCAUUUUGAUUUUGGUUCAGUCUUUUUCAGAAGAAUUAAAUCUAUGGCCUAUUAAUUGUAGCCUAUAUUUAUAUUUAACCUUAUUUAGGAAUGUUGGUCAGUUUAGCAUAUGGACAUAUUGUAUUAUAGGUUUAUAAUGCUGUUCAGUCAUUUGUCAUAAGGAGGCAGUAUAACUGUUUCAUUAUCCAACAGAAGCACAGUAAAAGAGGCUUUCCAACACUGUCAAAAAUGCACUUUCAUAAGUGACUUUCCAAAAAUUAGUUUUUACCCCUUUUUGUCACAAUAAUAUUUUCCAUCUAAAAACACCCAAAAACCUGUAAUACAACAGCUAUUUCCAAUUUCUAUACUAGACAUUGUUUAAAAACAAAUAGGUAAAGAUGCCUCUAAGGGGCACUAUACACCUGUUGGCUGCAAAACAAAAGUUAUUUUGGAAGAUCUGAGCAACAAUUGGAUUGUCAAUAUAUAUCCUGUAUAUACUGUGUGUGUGUAUGUAUUUUCGAUUUUCAAGUAAUUCAUUUGCAUUUCACUAAUCACCUUAAUAAUGUUUACAUACAACUUGAGUGAACUAUCCCAUGAACACAUGAUGGGGGGGUCUUUAAAAAGUAAUCGCCUAAUAGCAGGAACAGCACCAUCUAGUGGUCAGAAUUUGGUAACAUUAGGAUGUGGGAUGGGACAUAAAUCCAACAACUUCAAUGACUCAUUUCUCUGAACAGGGGAAAGAAACAUCACCAAAUUCACUGAGAAAACAUUACACAGGAUGAAGAGACAAUACUCUGAGCCGCAGCUCCAUACUACUUGUCAAACAUAGAGAACUGAUACUCAUUGUUUGGGUGGGAUUGGCUUGGGGGAUUCCGUGGGGGGCUUUUGACAAUUUCUUUGGAUUCCUCCUGUCUAACUCAUUGUUAGAGAAAAGUUUGGCCCAAAUCAGAUGUUACAUAUUAUAUUUAUUCAAUAUUAUAUGAAUCCUGUAAAUUAAAAUGGCUAAUUUGGGUGCAGUCAAUUAGUUUAAUUUCUCAGAGAUUCAAUUAUAUUUCAACAAAAUAAUGUUGUCGCAAUGCUAAUCUUAUCUGUUUCUAACAACAGAAACGAUUUUAGAAAAAAUCUGAGAUGUUGGGUGUUGAAAUCAUCUUUCUUGUGCUUUUUCAGGUGAAACGACCCGUGUAUGAUUUGGCACCUCAAAUGCAAUCACUCUUUAUGUCUUUAUUGUUCUUUAUUUCAUAUGCACAUAUUAAUUGCUGUAUAAUGAUUGCAAACUGUGACAUAACUGUCUAACCCAAACAAACCUCAUCAUAUUGUUGAAUAAAAUUCUCAAAACAUUG